GGAAGCGGCGCGGGGCGGAGCGGCGGCCCCGAGGCGGAAGGGCCGCGGUUCUGCCCUCCCCUCCCCCCCUCCGUCGGAGCGAUGCGGCCGCCGUGUCCCGGCGAGGCGGUGCGGGAGGCGGUGCGGAGGGACCCGCUGGGCGCCGAGCUGCGCUGCAGCCUCUUCGCCGCCGCGCUGCAGAGCUACAGGCGGGACUCGGCGCUCAGGCCCUUCCCGAGCCGCUACGGCGGCACCGACGCCGCCUCCAAGGACUUCGAGGCGCUGCUUGCAGAUACCAAGGCGCUGCCCAGCCUGAAGGAGCUCCUCGGAGCUGACCCAAGCACGGAGAAAAGGACCUGGGAUUUGUUAAGUUGGAUUUUGUCAUCUAAGAUCUUCACGAUACAGAGCAUCAAGAAACAGGAGUACGAGAAGAUCCAGGAGCUCACCGGGAUGUCUGGUGCUGCUGUUCCUGCUCCAGACUUCCUCUUCGAGGUCACGUAUUGCGAUCAAGUGAAUGCCAAGUUUGCCGAGACCAGGGGUGAGCGGGACCUCAUCCACGCCUUCCACGGCAGCCGCCUGGAGAACUUCCAUUCCAUCCUGCACAACGGCCUGCACUGCCACCUGAACAGGACAUCGCUGUUUGGUGAGGGCACCUAUCUCACCAGCGACCUGAGCCUGGCUCUGCUCUACAGCCCUCAUGGCCUUGGUUGGCAGCGAAGCACACUGGGCUCUGUCCUGAGCUGCGUUGCUGUCUGUGAGAUCAUCGACCACCCCGACGUCAAGUGCCAGGUGAAAAAGAAAGAUUCCGAAGAAAUAGACAGAAAAAGAGCAAGAGUGAAGAACAGCGAAGGGGGUGAUGUACCACAGAAAUACUUCGUUGUCACAAACAACCAGCUCCUACGAGUUAAAUACUUGCUGGUAUAUUCACAGAAACAGCACAGGAGGCCUUCAGGUCAGUCCUCCUGGUUUUCCACCCACCGUUUUGCCAUAACAAUGAUGCUGUACCUACUGCUGCUGAUGGUGAUCGGGGCCAGCAACUCGCCAACCUUCCUCUACUACUGGCACAGAAUGUUUCACUCAGAUGGAUGAAUUGCCCCCCGAAAUAAACUGCUAUCUUCACUUUGUGCCUUAAUAACAACAAAUCCACCAUGCACGGUCUGUUCCAGAGCUCUGGAAAUAAAAGAUGCUUGGAGCUUUCCAGUUAUUA